AUGGACUCGAAUCGAAACGUUUGCUUGUUUUUCGCACCUACUUACGUUAUUUUCAUUGGAUUAAUCGUCCUGGUGGCAGGACAUCCAAUUUCUUUUAGAAAUUGGCUCGGAUCGUGGGGCUACGAUAUUAAAUAUCGGCUCAACGCCUGGUCCCAAUACGACAAUCCCGAGGAAGGUACCGCCAGGGAAGGAGACAUUAAAAGCCCUUCGAGAAAAACUAUGACGAAGAAGCGGGCUUCCCUUUGGCCCAAUGGCAUCGUCCGCUAUUUUAUCGACAAAACCAUAACAAACGAGCCAGAUAAAUUGGCAAUUCUGCGAGAUGCCAUGAACAAUAUAAUGGAAUUAACGUGCGUACGGUUCGUACAUAUUUAUCCGGAUUCACUUGGAAAGUUCCCCGUCCGCAAGUGGGUCAAUAUAACUGGGAAUAAAGAAGGUUGCUUCGCUGAUCUCGGCUAUCCUGAUACAUCCCCGAGCACUCUCAACCUCAACGUGGAAAAAUGUUUCCGGACGAGAGGCCACGCGAUUCACGAAAUCCUUCACACCCUCGGAGCUUUCCAUGAACACAUGAGGCCUGAUCGGGAUGAUCACAUUAGAAUUCUGUGGGAAAAUAUUAAAGAAGGUGACGAAGAUAAUUUUCGAAUGAUGGAUGAAAACACGGUGACGACGCAUGGGUUACCUUACGAUUACGAGAGCAUAAUGCACUAUUCGAUGACAGCAUUUUCCAAGAAUAAAACCAUUCCAACAAUUGUUCCACGGCGAAGCAGCGCGGAGAUAGGACAACGAAAUUAUCUCUCGCAAUACGACAUCCAAAAGUUGAGAAGAGCUUAUCAAUGCCACAAACGGAAUCCGCCGAGUGUUUUUCCCAGGAAAAAAUUGAACCGGACAAAAAAAUUCCACAGUAAAAUCGACCAGGAAGCAAAAAAUCCCAGGAAAUCCGAAACUUUCGACCCCCUGCAUGAAUCAAAAGUCACCUGGAACCCCUGGACAAUGCUUGGAUUUGCGAAACCUUUUACUAGCUUCUUCUCUAUCGAUUAAUCCUACCGAACUUUCUGAAAAAAAAUUUUGGAUUAUUUUUCUGUGAAAUGGUGAAAAAAGAAGGCACUUUUCCAGACCAAAAAGAACAGUAAAACGAUAAAAAUGGCGUCUUUCUCGAACUUCAUACAACGUCGUCUUUUUAUCCCGGAAAAUUGUCUGCUGUCAAUUUUUAUUCUACCACGUUUGUGACUCCACUCAAUAUUUGAUGCUCCAAAAAUGGUGAAGGAUUUUGGAGCUAGCAAGGAGAAAUAAAGGAGAAAAAUUAAGGUAUUUUUGAUGUUUUGUUGAAAAUUCACUUAUUUUCAUUGAUUUUCAUUCCAUUUAUUGAUCU